AUAUCCCUAUGGUGUCCUGCCCUUAUUAGUGCUUCAACCCAUGAUAAUUCUAUAAAGUUAGGAGAGAGAGAGAGAGAGAGCGAGCGAGCGAGCUGGAAAUGGAUUCUUUGUGGAGACAGCUGAUUGUGUUCCUGCUCUCCUUUCUUAUGCCGUUAACCCUAAUCAAUUCCAUCUCUGCUCAGAGCUACUUCCUCAAGGCCUGCUUAGGGAGUGAAAAAUACCAAAACAACAGCCCUUACCAGAAAAACCUCGACACUCUCCUCUCAUCUCUUGCCCCCAACGUCAACAAGUACGGCUUCAACACCACCUCCGUCGGCCAAACCUCCGAUGACAAAAUCGAAGCCGUCGUGCUCUGCCGAGGCGACGUCGAGCCCGACAUCUGCCGGAGUUGCGUCAACGACUCCUCCGUCAUGAUCAAACAGAUCUGUCCAAACUACAAGGCCGCCAUGGGGGGCUACGACCAGUGCAUGCUGAGAUACCGCUCGCCCAACAAUAUUACCGCGGACCUGCAGAGGCCGAGCGUGUACGCGUAUAACCCUACGCACAACUACACGAGUGCGGAACAGUACAAUAAGGUACUGAGUGAGUUGCUCCGGCGGCUGCAAAGCCAGGCAGCGACGGGCGGCUCAGACCUCAAGUUCGCCACCGGCAGCCAGCAGGGCCCGGACAAUCAGACUAUAUACGGGAUGGCGCAGUGCACGCCGGAUUUGUCACAGAAACAGUGUAACGAUUGUGUGAAUGAGGCCAUCGGUGAACUGCCGGGGUGUUGCAAUAAUCGUCUUGGAGGGAGAGUUCUUAAAGUUGUCUGCAAUAUUCAGUAUGAGACCAAUUUCAAGUUCUACAAUCAAACUCGAUCAUCAUCAUCAGAGUCGUCUCCUCCAGGUAAAUCUGCAAUAUCUCCAAGUAGUAGUACACCUCCUCCAUCAUCUUGUUCCCCGCAACGGAUUAAUCUGGGGUGGAGUACCGUGUCCUGUACAAUAUUAAUGGGAAUUCUUCUCAUUGCGUUACUCACUCAUCAUUGGUGGCUCUGAGAUGGAUAUUGUGCGAUCCGAUCUCUGUAUCAAUUUGGAGUGUCUCAAUAAGUCCUGUUUAUCCUUUCUGGGACUUUCUAUAGUUCGUUAUUUGUUCAAUAUAUAUAUAUUAAUAAUUAAUGGGUUUGAUGGAGGGGUAGCCUUGGAGAGCUCUCUCUGGCUCUUAAUUUGUGUCCUCACCGGCCCUCCAUGCCAGUACUCCCUCCAUUUGGUUUUGAAUAGCUUUCAUUUUCUUUUGUUGUUGUCUUUCGAGAUUAAUUAUAUUUGUAACUCUUUUGA